CCCAGAAUCCCGGGUAUUAAAGCCCCCAGGGCCUUGGUUACCAUCCACCCUUGGUAUGCUUUGUUUAUGAUUUUAGUUUUUGAAGUACAGGUGGUGAACCAAGCUUCCCGUGCAACCCUGGCCUGAUCCUUCGACUCCCGAGGAUGUCGAAGGAUACAAAACGAUCUUCCGUGCUCAAGCGACGCACUUGGCUGCGGGAUGCAGAGAAGUCCACAAACGCCAACGACUCAGACCAUGCCGCAGCCCCUCCGCCAGCGUACGAUGCCGCGGUACACGAGCAACAGCAGGCUCAGCAGUCAAUUUCCGCCAGCCGAAUGCUAGCGGAUGCAACAGAUGCAGAGAACGCCAAUCUGACAGCCGCAUUCGAAAACCUAAUUCUGACGGACAGGCCGGUUGAUCCCCACGUCGAAACAUGCCUUGCUCACCUGAAGCUGCUCUUCGCGAUCCAGUGGAUGAAGGAAGAUGUGGGCUUUGCUGACGGCCUAUGGGGUCUCUGGGAUGCCCAUGCAGGUCCAGUCAAUCCAAUCCUGAAGGGUAAACCGGAGAAGCUGAAGGAGAAGGAGAAGGAAAGGGAGGCAGAGCCCACUUUGGAGGAGAAGAUCAACGACAAGAACCUCGAAACCCUCAGCCGCAUUCGUGAGAAACGCUGGGCUCUGUUUGUUGCGCGAGCGGUCGACCGCUACGAGACAUGGUGGAAGUCGUUGAUGAGAGUGCUCCCUGGGCGGCCUCUGUCGGAGGCCGACAUGGACCAAAUCAACUCGCCCGCUUAUGCAAGCUUUCCGACAGACACCAACGCGGUGAUGGAUUGGACCGAGGACAUGCUGCCGCCUCUUGACGUGCUCAUGGUAUGGCACACACACAUGUUGAACCCUAGAGCGUUCCUUGAAGACGCUAUGCUCGCUGGACUGAGGCAGGUCUGGAUCACCGGCAUGCCGUGGGGCAUGGUGAACAAAGCCAUCGACACCGAGUUCAAUUACACCGUUUCAGAUGCCUGCAAGACACGCUGGACGCAUCAAACAGGCCUUGCCUGGAAGAACGUGGACGAUCGGUUGACGAAAAGGCUCAAAUGCCCCCGCUGCGACAACAUGAUGGAAAUUCCCUGGACCAGCUGUGGCCUUCCGGAGGACUACCUCCCGGACAACGGGCCGCCACUCCUUACGGGACACGGCUACGGCGACAGCAACCUGUACCACACAUGUGCGGCCUGCAACAACAUAAUCUGCAAGGAGCUUCUUUCCGUCGCCAAAUUCGUGCGGGACACCCAGGCUCUGAUUGGGCCCGGAAACCGACCGAUGCCGGGGACAGUGCUGGACUUGAUGAAGGGCACACCUACUGGUCCGCCCAUCACGCGAAAGCGGUCGAAGGAACCGUCGCCGCAUACAUUUCCCAAUCGCAUGCUAAAGAGCGGCUGCGGCUCGAUCAGAACUGCCGUUACAGGCCUCACAAAGUCCAAUUCGGUCACAAUGGACCGUGUCCGCAAGGAAAUCGAAGCGGUGCUCGCAGAGCGAGAAAACGUGAGACUGAUCGACGGCAAAUCGCUGAGCUAUGCCUAUUCGCUGCCCGUCGAGUCGCGGAUUGCCAUUCGGAAGAUGAUGUCACGGUACUGGGAGAACUUUAGCGUGUUCGCCCUGGACCUGUGCGGCGCCGUCAUGCGGCAGGGCAUCUUUGUCGAGAAGAUGUGCAAGCUGGACUGGCUGCACAGCCCGUCGGCCCGAGACACCAUGACGCGCCUGCUCACCAAGUACCUGCACUUCAUGGAGAUCAUGAGGAGGAACCCGAAGCAGGUGGCCGUUCCUACGCUUGACGUCGACCUUGCCUGGCACACGCACCAGCUGAGUCCCAGCAUGUACUACCGCCACACGGUGACCCGGGUCGGGCGGUUUGUCGACCACGACGAUAAGAUCGACGAGAACACGCUAAGCAAGCAGUUUGAGUGGACCAGCAAGACGUAUCAGGAGAUGUACGGCGACGUGUACAGCGCGUGCACAUGUUGGUAUUGCGAGGCUAUCCGCUCAAGCCACAUCAGUACCGUCGGCAAACUGUUGGGCGUCUCCCAGCAAGAAAAGGUCGCCGAAUCCUUCCAUGCUUCCGGGGCCGCAUCUCUCCACCCACCAGAUAACUCGGCACACAUCUCCUCGCACAACAGCGUCGCCCUCGUCCCGGACCCCAACCACCCGACCUCCCCCCAAAACGCCCGAUCUCUGGUCACGGCCCGUCUAGCGGCAAUGCAGCAACGACGUCUCGAGACCGCCUACGCGAAGGCACGUGCCCGAGCAGAGAAGAAAGGCCGCCAGCCUCCCAAAAAGGAGGAGGUCUACUAUGAUCACUGGGGAUACCCUUACCUCUACAUGGCGCCCUAUGCCUAUCCGUUGUGGUGGACGCCGGGAAUGUACUGUGGUUGGUAUCCCGGUUAUGUGGUCGCCUGUGGCGGGGGCGCGUGGGCGGCGUGUGCGGCGGGCACUUGUGGAGGUGGCGUUGCCGCGGGCGCUUGUGGUGGGCCAGGGGGCUGCGGUGGUGCCGGUGCCGGUGGAUCGGGAGUUGGAGGGGGUUGUGGUGGUGGCGGCGGAUGUGGAGGUGGAGGUGGCGGCGGGUGCGGUGGCGGCGGUGGAGGUUGCGGCGGUUGAAUGCCGAGUUACCACUGAUCAAGGCCUGGGUUCUGCGCACCAGGGACUGAGCGAGUAUGCGAGCCAACGAUGGGGAUACCAGGACAUGGCUUCAGAAGUCCCAAGCAGUGAGCGAUUAACAUGUUUUGGAGAUAUAGUACAGUUCUGUUCUAUUUACGUUCGCUGUUGGACAAACUGAGGAAUCUGUCG